AUGAGUCAACGCAAGAAAGUGAUCGAUUUGUACAAGCAACUGUAUCAUAUGGGUAAAGAGUACCCGAAGGGGAAGGAUUGGUUCCAUAAAAGGCUGAAGGCGGCAUUUCUAAAGAAUAAGGACGAAAAGGACCCGGUAAAAAUCGACGAGCUAGUUAAACGGGCGGAGUUCGUUGUUAAGGAAGUUGAAGCGCUUUAUAGUCUUCGGAAAUACCGUGCAAUGAAGAAUCGGUAUUACCAAGAUAACUAG